AUAAAUAUUUGAUACGUUACUAAAGCAUUAGAAUAAGAAAUGUAACACGCAUGAUGAAUUUACGUAACAUAUCUAAAAUCGCUACAUAAUACAGGUGGAAACUACAUUACACCUGUGUAUCGCAUAUAAUGUAUUUUCCUAAACGUUAUCCUGUGCAUCAAGCUUUAAACAAGGUACAUGGACGAUCGAUAUGCCCAUCUAUCUCUAAACUAUAUAAUCGUUGCGGACCAUACGUGUUUAUGGAUGUUCAAUGGUUGACAGCUGUCAGUCGCACAUAGGUUGAUAGUGAGUCACGAUAUUGGCAGUGGAAUUGGGUGAAGACCAUUCACCUCGACAGGUGACUAAGAGCCUAGGAAUUGCUGCUACCUCUUUUUAUCUUGAAGUUGUGUUAUCGUCUGUUGCGCACGCACUCGCCCGUAGCUAAAAGCGGUUCAUGCUUUUGUGACUUUUCCUUUAGACAAAAACCUAAUCAAGCACUUGCUUUUUGGCCUCCAAGUUUUGUGCUGGUCCGCCACAGAUAUCGCACGUCAUCACCUACCCCUUUGUUCAGAUGUCCAGGUAUUUUUUCGACAUAACCGGCAUGGCGUCUAGCUCCGUCAGCCAGGAGGACUUUGACAAUGAUUUUAAACUGACAUCCAGGAGGUCCAGGAUCAGGACAGCACGAGCACGUGUUGGACCACCCAGACCAGGGGACACCUCUUCCAUAGGUUUUCAAAAGAAUGCAUCAAACGUAGAGGAGGCUCAGGAAGUAUGCGAUAUGAGCUCUAACAACGUGCCUGAUCAUGAGAACGCGCAAAACAAACCGAUAAUGAGAAAGCAGGACAAACGGGUGACUGGCCGGCCAACGCAUAUAAACAAGGGGAAGCAGCAGCGGGAUAGACGAAAGCUUAGGGAAAAGAGACGAAGCACAGGAGUGGUACAUUUGCCAUCGACGGAGAGUACAGGAGGUAGUACAGGAGAAGAUGAGGAAGAGCUUAGUGGCACUUGUCUUGAAACUAAACACAACACACAUCACAAUGAGUUCCUUGAUCAUGAACUCCUAGAAGAACGGACAGCAAAAAUGUUUACACAAAGGCGAAUUAAAAGGCAUUACCGUACUUCCUACAGGUCAUGUAUAAUUAGGCACAGUUGCCAUUCCGACUUGGAAGCAGACGACGAGGAAUUCGACUCCCUGAAUCAGUCUGACAGCGUGAAUCAAUCCGAUCACGGAAAUCACGAGCCGCAGACGUCUGUGAAUACUGGCAGCAGGCCUAGACUGCCUACGCCCACGGGAGACAAUCCACACGAAUUGAUCGAGCGAACGCAGGAGGAGAACAGGAGGCUACUGUCGCUCCUCGAGGAUCGUGAUCAUAAGAUCAUGGCUCUCGAGGCCCGUCUGUUGCAACAGAAACACGAAAUGGCCAUGGAACGCGAGCGACUACGGGAGGAAAAUGCCGCGUUGAUUCGCGCAAUGGCGGCUCUUGCCAGUAAUUAGCUUUCCUUCUCGCAAGGACACAACCCGACGCUACGUAUCAAUCCUACGAUCGAUUCUAGAAAUCAUUGGAUUAGUGGAUCGAAAAGCUAUAUAUAACAAUAGUUUAUAUUAAUCGUGAAUGUACUUGUUAAUAAUAGCCAAGAGAGAAAUAGCGAAGCGAUUUUAAACGAAAAAACAUAACACAGAAGAAAGAUGAUUAAUUGAUAAGCCAGGCUGCAAGAGAAUUAGGGUAAGUUACACAGUAAUGCUACAGUCCGUUUUCAAUUCCUCUGUAUAAUGUUUUUGUAAUAAGCAGUAGAUCUCGUCUCACGAGUUUGAAGGUAAUCGAUCGUUUAUCCGCUUCACUUAUAGAGCUUUAGUUGUACAAGUCCAAUUACGUAGGAGCCAGUGUUGGGCAAAUUUUAAUUAAAAUUACAAUUAUUGACCUAUGAUGACUAAUAACGUAGAUGUUAUUUAUUUCUAUUUAAUCUGAAAUAUAAAACUUUCGCGAACUGUGGUACGGUUUUUAUGAUGUAGUCUGGUCAUUGCAUGCCAAUUUUUAAAACUAUCUUUUUCCCGAUAUUUCACUUUUAAAGCACUGUAUCAUCGUCUUAUGUAAGGAAAUCAUUUUGAAACGGAAAUCGACGAUUAAUCAUUAAUUUGAUCAACGAUGAGUUUCAGCAAAUAACGAUUACUGUAAUCGUCAAUCGUCGAUUAGUUCAAUGAAAUUAGUCAAUUAAUGCCCAACGCUGGUAGCGACAAGAAAAAUUUUAUUUCGCGUCUUCAUAUCGUUGGUAUCUAAUCUUGCGCGAUAAGUCGAGGCAAAUAUGUUUUUUUGCAAUGUAACAGCUUAACAGUAGAAGAGGUGCUCCAGUUUGUUAUGUCAUUGUCAGUCAAAUGAGUGAACGAGAUUCGUAAAUAUUGACGAAUUUAUCCUCGACGCGAUUGUAAGACCCUCUGAAUGUCGUAGUGUUCGAACAGCGUGUUUUAUACUCCCUCUAUCGCUAAUGUUGGAUCUAAUGUUAGAUCUUCUGCGUUAGUUUUCUACUCGCGGAGUUCUUCGCUUCGUCAUGUUCCAGAGAUGGGCAAAAUUUCAUUUCGAUAAUAGAUUUCGUCCACCUCGUAUUGGCGUAAAGAUAAACAAACAGUGUAAUUGAAGGCGAUUCGUGUACAUAGAUAGGCACAAACCAAGCAAUUUCGUGGCGAUCGCGAUGCAUUUAAUUAAAUUGAAAACAAGGAACAUCUUUCAUGCAUGGAGUCGUGAACAGAGCGAAACGUAACGAAGGGGUGCGUCACGUAGAGAAAGCAGAAACUUCGACAUUGACCCCUAUCUACUAUUAGUUAUAUAUAUAUACCGCUGCAACCUAAUACUUACUUACAGCGAAGCGUAUAUACGUAUGUAUACAUUUAGAAAGCAGGAGACUGAGGUGUGCGAGAGUGCAUUGUGCAUGUGAGCGAGCAGAAUAGAGAGAAAGCAACAGAUCGAAUUUGUAUUUACGUACUUCAUCGUAUGCACAAUCAUAUUUUUAUUCCUCAAUUAAUGAGUUCGAAGAAAAUAAUGAAUUACGUUGAAAAAAAAAAGGAAACACAAAAGACAUACAAACACGUGUCUCGUUUAUUAUUUGACCGCGUGCACGAUUUACGCAGCCGCCAUCCGCGACCAACUUGGUUUUUCUUGUAUCGAGUUUAAUUCCUCCUGAAUGGGAAACAAAGCGUAUCGAUAUAAGAGAUAUUGCUCGGUCUAAGGAGAUCCCACCCGAUUCCAUCGCGAGAAUUUGGAAACUUUAUUAUAUUCAAAAUUCGAUAUUUUCUGUCUAAAUAAACAUUUUCUUAAUAA